CUUGCUAUUGAAGGCAGUGGGAUUUUCCAAGGGAAUCGCUGUUUACGAAUAGCAUGCAGCGACGAUACAUAUAGUCACCAUGUCGAUGGAUGGUAUGUAUUCUAAAGUGAAUGGGAGACUGAAUCCUGAGUAUAAAGAAGGUAGAGUUUUCUUUUCAAAAGUAUGUUCUGUUUACUGUUCACGAUCCCCAAGUGGCUUAAAAUUCUCCCGAAUCAAAACCUUGCAAGUAUAAUUUAUAUGUCCUCAUCAUAAAACUGUGCGAGAGCUGAAUAUCGGUAGAGGUAUUAUGGUCACUGCAGUUGGGAUGACUCGAUACAACGUGAUGGCUAGUCUUUUGUCAGUUGUGGCUGGAAUCGCUCUGGCUCAAGAGAAACACAUCAAAUUUGAGGCUGGUUCCUCAGACAGUUGAUGUACUUGUUGGCUCUUUAGUCACACUUGAGUGCCAGGUAGCAUCAGGGACACACGGUGGAUCACUGAGAUGGAAAUUUAACAACAAGUCCUGGGGUUUGUUUGACCAUCCACAGGCCCCUAUGACAACAAGCCGCAAUACAAAUCUUGCCAUCUACUCACGAAGACUGACAGCUCAGAGAAAACACAACGAAUCUUUGGUUCAAUGUGUUAUGACUCUGAGUGCAGGACAAACCAUCCACAGUAAUCAGGGUGUUCUGAUGGUUAGAGAUUUUCAGGCGUUUCCUAGAUCUGUCAACUCAACACUUGGAGAUACUGUAGAUUUUUACUGCCGUCCCUACUUCACUGGCUAUCACAUAUCCUGGUUGAUUAAUGGAACUGAACUUUGUCAAUUCAACAACGCUUCGGGCGUCUCAGAGCUCUCUGAAACUAGCCUGAGAAUACACAGUGUCCAGCAACAGUUUAACAAUACGUUUGUUCACUGUAAGAUCAGCACUACCUCGAUCAUUAGCCCUCCAGCUAUUCUUCUGAUACAAGGGGAGCUAGGAGCUGUGGGAGACCUCCACGUUGCAGCCUAUAGUCCAGAGUUUCUCACCAUCUCCUGGACUGCUCCCUUCUCUCUAGACAUCACUGACUCCCAUCCUGAUCUCUGUGGUCUCUCUCAGGGACUGUAUGAAGUUAGUGUCGUGUCCAUCAAUGCCUAUCGCAGGGCUCAACAAUCCAGUAAACUGCUAGUGUAUCUAGUGGAGUAUGAAGAAAGUGGCUGUAACACUAGUUACGGAAGCAAUGCCACCAAUGACACACCCUUCCUCAUACCAGCAAGUGGAGAGGCAGCUACUACAGCAAAUACUAUUACACUAUCAGGAGUUGGAGUCGGUGUGACAGUGGGUGUCAUGGCGACAGCGAUUCUGGUGAUCCUAGGAGUCAUAUGCUGGUACCAUUCAAGCAGCAGCCAUUUUUGUAAAAGAAGGGAAUUAAUUAAGGAGAGGAAUUUACAACGCAAUCCAGCUUAUGAAGGCUGGGGUCCAAAACAGAGUCCCACUGACCAGCAGAGUGCUGUGUUACCUAAAGUACGACAGAGAGGGAGGGAGCUCUCUGGUUUCACUGCCCACGCUGCCCCCACCCCACAACAGGAGACUGUGUACGAAGAAAUUGCUUAAGAAUUUCAUGAGGAAUUUACCGAACAAUGUAUAAUUGCAUUAUUACACAUACCUAGCUAAUAGCUACUAUGUCAAAAGCAU